ACACCCGAUUGGUCGGUCGAUCUUUCAUUGUGAAAUGUUAGAUGAACGAGAAGUGAGACUGUGUUGAGGUGUCGGACGGUCGUGUUCUUUGUGGUCUGUGUUGCGCGUCUUUUUUUCUCUUCCCUUCCUUUCUUCUCUUCCCGAUUAAUUCGUCGUCAGGGCGCAAUACGCAGGACUGUUGCUUUCUGCGCCAAGGACUAGGCAUUUUGCAAACAACACAAAGCAUGGCAAGCAAUACUUCGACUACAACAAUAGACAAUAAAAGUCCUGUGUUAGAAUGUACUGUUCAGACGAGUUGCAAACAGAUUGUGGUGUAUGUUCUACCCACUACAGGAGGACAAAUCGAUUUGCAUGUGAGCCAGGACAUAAGUGUCGAGAACCUCAAGAAGUUAAUCGCCGGAAGGUUAAAAGUACCAAAGGACAAGAUAGUUCUGUUGUUGAAAAAUAGACAACUGACUGAAGGCACACUACUGGAAAAUCACGUUACCGACGGUGCUAAAAUCACAUUAUUACCCAGCGUGGAGACUGGAUUGCUGGCUCAAAGACCCGAACACUCAGUCAGACAGGCUCUAGAAGGCUUGACAGACGUACAGGUGGAUAAUUUUCUUGCCGGGCGAGCCCCGCUCAACCUGACGAUGAGGCUAGGCGAUCACAUGAUGUUCAUCCAGCUACAAUUGUCCACGGCUGCCAGUGCGGGCAACAGACCUUCCCAAAAUUCGAACGUCCAGGCACGUUCCACGUGCCUGCCCACUCCGCCCCUCACUCCGACGUCGCCGGGCUCUUCGGCAUCUCCACUCUCGUUUCCUCUGCCCCAAUAUUCGACCUCUUCCAUAAGCCACAACUCCGUGCCUCUCUCCCCUCCUCCGUCGCCGGGAUCGGACGACAAAAAUGAAGCCCGCCUCGACUCGCUGUCUGAAAUUGCCCGCUCUCAAAACUACAAACCCGCCCUGGACACUAAGGCUCUUGUCGAAGCUAGUCGGAAUUUGACUCAAACAUUGCGUCAGUUAUCCACGGCAGCAUUGGGAAAGAGAAAAGAGGAAAAGUGCGAGGGUCAUUGCUGCAAAACUCGUCAGAGUGGUGCCGUUAUUGAAAGCAUGUAUCAUCAUGGGAGAGGAGUGUACUCUGGAACAUUUUCUGGAACUCUCAGUCCCGCACUCCAAGAUAGCAAUGGACGCCCAAGAAGAGAUAUUGGGACCAUAAUUCACAUCCUUAACGACCUAUUGGGAGCAUCUUCCGGAUGCUGUCAGUGUAUGAACGGACACAGUCAGUCCACACACAACUGGUCAAUGUCGUGUGCCAAAUCGUCGUCUGUUAAUAAUAUGGAAGUAGACUGUCAGAGAGAGGACGAAAACAAGGUGACGAGAGGUAAAGUGGAGCAAUUGCAACUGAUGCUGGAGGAACGUCGCCAGCGACGAAAGGCCAGAAGGGAAGUAAAAUGUAGUCCCUAUUAUUCCAAUCGGGUCGGUGGACAUUCCGAACACUACAGUUUGCACCCGAAACAGACCGAAUAUGAAAAUUCCAGGAAGAGCAUCGCCAGCACGAGGAUACAGUCCACAGAGGUCAGCGGAACCGUAGAGAGCAGCAGCGAACUAGCCAAACUGAGUUCGGAAGCGGCGGUAGCCUGAUAUGGCGGGAAAUAAUUGUAAAAGCAGUAUUCCAAUUUGCAGUGUCACGUGCAAAGCUCUAAAACACCCAGUAUGAGUGUGUGUCAUUGCCCAGUUUUAUCUGUAAUGGAUAAGAGGCAAUUUGCUCUACCCACUUGGACAUGGAUUUAACAAAGAUGUUGUCCUAACAAAAAUUUAGAAAAUUUUUUUUUGUUCUUUGGUUAUCGGUAGUUGGAUUGUUAAAGAAGUGUAUUCUCGUACCUUGCUGCAUUGGGAAAGCAGCAAAACGGUUUGUUUGCGAUAGAAAAAUUCAUAUAUUUAUAUAUCGGUUACUCAACGGGUGACAAAGGAGACCGGUACCAAAGUUAAACACUAGAUUCGCUACCUAACAACAAUCAUCGGACGUUACGUGCAGACUGUUAGUUACGUUGUCACAACUUAUGGGUAGGGAAUACAGUCUGGCACACGGACGGACGUGAGUCUCAGGUUAUUUAAAUUCUCCAUAGAGGCAAGUCGCGUCAGUUAUUUCGGAAAGACGCAGGGAAACUUUCUUUUUUGCUACACCGACGGCGUGUAGUCCACUUCACUUUUUUCAGUAUAUUGCCACAUAGGUAUUAUUAUAAUCUACAGUAUCUCGGUACUGUUAAUCCAUUGUGUGUACGUGUGCGUGUUUAAGUGUAAGUAUGCACUUUACGAAUUACAGAACAAUUCAAAGUUUCUCGAUCCAUCUUCUAUAUCAUAUCAAGACACCAAUCAGAAUUAUUUGAUACAGGAUUUACUAGUUUUAAAAGCAGACCAGAUCAGUAUGCUCGCUCGUAUUAUUAAUCGUACCAAAGACCCGAUAGGUAUGCUCGCUCGUGUUAAUUGCCCGGCAUUUCCUUUCUUUUGUAUAAUCGUGACGUAGAACAAUACAGUAAAACCACGACAGUAUAUAGCAGUUAGCAUCUAAGUCCUUUGAGUCACUACGCGAAAAUCCUUCGUUUUCAGAAUCCUACUGGAAAAAGUAUGUACGUGACCCUAUAGUUUACUAGAUUGUUCAUCUAUAUAUACAUAUUAUAUAUAUAUAUUAUUGUUUGUUUUUUUAAAAUCAUUGUCGUAUUUUCGAUUUCCCAGUGAAAACGUAUAGAUUUAUUGUCUCCCCUUGAAAAAAAACAUAAUAAUUGAAAUUGUUGUGAAAGUGUAACGAGUGAUUAAAAUAUAAACGUGCAAAUGGGAUGCUAUGCAAUGUUUAUGAUGUGAAAAAAAAAUUUUUUGAGUGGAUUAAAUUCAUAUUUUGCUGGUGAUCAUGUGUUCCGUUCUUUUGUAUAUUUCAAUUGUUAAAUAACGGGAAGGGAUUUUUACGUG